AACUAGAUUAUUGACAUAAUCUACUACUACUAAUGAAUUCCAAUUGGUUUACUCUUAUUGAACAAUGUAUUUGCUUUUAUUUUGAAAUUGUGAAGUCUAAAAUAGGUGUCAAUUGCCGAAUUUUCCUACUUAACAAACCAUUGAACACUAACAAAGUAACUAACCUUAAACUAUUUUAUUUUAAAACAAGUAAUAUGUACACUUAUAAAAUCAAGCUAAUAUAUAAAUAUAGUAAUAGCACCUAACAUUGUAUGGAUCAAUAAAGACAAAAGAAUAAUAUUAUAUCACGAUUUACAGAGAUUUUAUGCUAGAACAUUUCAAAUGGCUACUUUAAUAUAUUCUUAAUUUAAUUUUUACAGUGACAACAGUAGUAAAAGUUGAGUAUGAUGAGGAUGAGUCUGAGCAUGAAGUUGAAAAAGAUACAGAAAUAAAUUUGAUUAAAGGGACUGUUGCAAACCAAGUAACAGAACAAAGUGAAGCUGAAAAGCAAAUUAAAUAUUCAAAUCAAAAGAAGAUAUACAAAAAUAAAAAGAAUUAUUCUUGUACAAUAUGUGGGAAAAAAUUCACUGACUCUACCCAUUUGAACACACAUAUUAGGACACACACUGGUGAGAAGCCCUUUUCAUGUAAAGUAUGUGGAAAAUGUUUCUAUGCCUCUGGUGAUAUGACGAAACAUACAAGGAGGAUGCAUAUACGUGAUAAGUCCUAUUCAUGUGAUGUGUGUGAAAAAAGUUUUAAUGAUUGUGGUAAUAUGAGGAAACAUAAAAGGAUACACAGUAAAAAUAAACCUUUUGCUUGUAAAGAAGUUGUGCAUGAUGAGGAAUACCUGGUGGAUCAAGACUAUAUUAAUAAAGAAAUAAAUUUAAAUGAAGAGACUUUUGCACAUCAAGAGACAGAGCAUAGUGACUCAGAAAAAAAAAUAUUAUCCGCUGACCCUUCACUAAAUCAUAAGAAGAUAUUAUGCAAAAAUAAAAAGGUUUAUACUUGUAAAGUGUGUGGGAAAAAUUUCGCUGAUUGUACUCAUUACAGCAAACAUAAUAGGACACACACUGGGAAGAAGCCCUAUUCAUGUAAGAUAUGUGCAAAAAGGUACAGUUAUCCUGGAUACUUAAAAAUACAUAAUAGGAUUCAUACUGGUGAAAAGCCUUUUCCAUGUAAUGUGUGUGGAAAAUGUUUCUCUGCCUCUGGUGGUUUGAAGAAACAUACUAGAAGGAUACACACAUGUGAUGAGUCCUAUUCAUGUGAUAUAUGUGGAAAAAUUUUCAAUGAUCCUGGUAAUUUGUGGAAACAUAAAAAAUUACACAGCAAUGAGAAGGCUUAUUCAUGUACAGUAUGUGGGAAAAGAUUCAAUGAUGCUAGUUAUUUAAAAAGACACAGUGUGAGGGUACACACUGAUGAUAAGCCGUAUUCUUGUAGGGUAUGUGAAAAAAGUUUCAAUGAUGCUAAUUAUUUGAAGGUACACAAUAGAAUACACACGGGUGAAAAGCCUUAUUCUUGUAAUGUUUGUGGAAAAAGUUUCUGUGCUUCUAGUGAUAUGAAGAAACAUAUUAGAAGGAUGCAUCCAGGUGAUUAGCUCUAUUAAUGUGUGUGGAAAACUUUCAAGAUACUGUAAAUCUUUUUUAAUAUGAUUAAUAAGAAAUGUAAAUCUUUUUUAAUAUGAUUAAUAAGAAUAUAUAUAUAUAUACAUAUAUUCUUUAUUUACUUGAGUAUUUCACAUUUAGAUGAUGUAAUUACUUUUUAAAGAAUAAAAACAUGUGUAAUACACCAAAUAA